AUGUUUUGGAAGACAAGCUUAGAAGGUGAAGGAACUCUGAAAGGUAAUUUUGCACCCAUUCAACGUCAACGCAAUUUGGAGCUAUGCACAUACUAUGGGACCAUUCCCGUUGAGCUCCAUGGUGGCCAGUAUGUUCGAAACGGUGGGAAUCCGACCUUUGGGGACAACUUCACCGGCCACGUACACAUGUUUGAUGGUGACGGGAUGCUCGCUGGCGUUCUGUUCCGAACAACGGAACAACGCGGAAAAAUUGAGCCUUGUUUUGUCAAUAAGUAUAUCUUAACCGACGUCUAUCUUGCUACAAAGUCGAUGCCAUGGACGCGUUCACCGAUAUUGCCAAGUAUGGCGACCUUAAUCAACCCAUUGACCUCUACACUAUCGACAUUCUACCAACUUUGCCGGUUCUUGAUUCUCAUCAUUUGGUCUCACUUGAACGGCCACGGUCCCCCAGUGCGCAAAAUUAGUGUUGCGAAUACGGCGAUCGUGUACCAUGACAAGAAGACACUUGCGACUUGUCAGACUGGACCACCGAUGAGGGUGCAGUUGCCGAAUUUGGAGACUGUCGAAUGGUUUAAUGGAAGCUCUACCGACUAUCAGAACACCACCCCUGGUUCUAGUGAAAAUUUACUCGGUCGCAGUGGGUUACUCGGGUUUUUGAAAGAUUGGACCACCGCGCACCCACACAUCGACCGAAUCACCGGCGAUCUCAUUUCAUUUCAGUCAUCAUUUCUACCUCCGUUCGUCUGGUAUUCUGUCAUUCCCGGCGGAAAGAAAGAAAAGUCUCAAAAUCCAGCCUUACAUGCUGCCAUCUCAGGAAUUUCGAGUCCGAAAUUGAUGCAUGACUUUGGCGUUUCGCUCAAACAUACAGUCAUUCUAGAUCUACCAAUGUCAUUAGACCCCAUCAAUAUGCUAAGGGGGAGACCGAUAGUUCAUUUUGAUCAAAACUCGCGAUCGCGAUUCGGCAUUCUCCCCCGCCAUGAUCCUGCUCUACUUCGAUGGUUUGAAACAGAACCCUGCUUUAUCUUCCAUACUGCUAGCACUUGGGAUGAAAUUCCGAGCAAGUCUACUAGAGACGACCAAGUGGAAGCAGUCAAUAUGGUCGCAUGUCGCUACACUGGUGUCGACAUGCUAUACUCUAUGGCCUCUAUCGAUAUAGACUUGGUUCCUCUCUCCAAGGGACAAGGAAGUGACAGCCGGCUAUACUACUACAGAUUCUUACUGUCGGAUCACACUCAAAACUCUAUUACCCACCAAUGGGCGUUGUCUGCUAUCCCUAUUGAAAUGCCGGUUGUUUCACCCUCUACGAAUACACCGAAAUUUGUUUAUGGGUGUUCUUCAAAAAGUAAAAUGUUUGGAUCCAGUACAGGCGAGCCAAUGAAUAUUGAUUGCCUUGUCAAAGUUAAUAUCAACAUCUUGAUACAGCAGGGAAUCGAGAAAGGAACAAAGGCUGUGGAUGGUUGCGUUGAUGAGAGACAGAUUGGCGAAAUACUACAAAGCGAGGACACUGAAGAUUGCAUCAAGGUGUUUCAAGCCCCGGAAGGGUGGUGCGCUCAGGAGCCGUGUUUCGUUCCUCGAAGCCACGCUCGAUCUGAAGACGAUGGAUACAUCUUGACUAUCAUGUUUGAUGAAGCCCAGCUGGAUAAGAAUGGAAGAGCUCUGGAAGAUGCCAAGAGCGAAUUGUGGAUCAUUGAAGCGCUCGAUAUGAGAACUGUGGUAGCGAGGAUCUUCCUUCCGCAAAGGGUGCCGUAUGGAUUCCAUGGCAACUGGUUUACUCGUGAGCAGAUCAGGAUGCAAAAACCAUAUAAAUCUUUGCGCAAAGACCAGUGGCCUGUUUUAUAA